UCGCACUAGCAUGCACAACUUCACAAAUACCACCUCACGAUCAUAGGACUUGCAAACAAAAUUCGUGAAUAAGGAUAGACAGAUUGCCAGGAAGCGUUCCGCCUUGUCCCACGAUGUCGGACAGCCCAGUGGCAGCAUCCGCGUCCGCGCCCUCGCCCGUUAAGUCGAGUCUCAGCGACCUGCGACAGUUUCGCAUCAACAAAAGCGCCUCUGUCGCCCCGUGUCCUGCGAAAACUGAACGUGUGCCCGGCAAGAAGCGCAUCCAGGUGAUGGCCGAUAGUGACAGCGACGGAAAUGACUCGCAGACGCCGAAGAAGACCAAGCUGGAGCUGACCGUCAAGGAGAAGGAGGAGCGAUACAUGGCGGCCGCGAAGAUCUCGCCGCAGUUUGACACAAUGGCUAUUCAAGAGUCACUUUCCCGCACCAAUUGGGAUGUGGCCGCAUCUGUGCGUUACCUACGGGAGAACUGCAAGCCCAAAAGCCAGAAUGGGCCGCUGGUCAAGCCAAAGCUGAAGCCCAGCUCAAAUGGGACUAGCGGAACCUCACAAGGCCACUUCUCGGAUAACGACCACUCGGACGACGAGGAUGUGAAGCACUCCAAGGAUCAGGUGUACGACAGCGAUGACAGUGACACUGAAAUGUCCACCAAGAUGACUGGACAACGCAAAAAGGUGUUCCAGUUCAUGAACGAGGCUUCCCUCAUUGAGCUGCAGUCAGUUAAGACGCUGUCCGAAAAGAAAGCAUUGGCCAUCUUGGAAGUGAGACCUUUUAGUGAUUGGGCCGGGCUGCGCAAAAAGCUGGAGAGCAUCAGGAUGUCGGGUGAUCUUCUGAACUAUGCCCAAGAGUUGAUCAACAAGCAGAAUACGGUAGCCACCAUUCUGAGCAAGUGUAACAACAUGGUAUCACGCCUGGAGAAGGCGAUCUCCAAUGGUGCGGGAAUUGUAGAGCAGCCUAAGAUUCUUAGUACCGGCUUCAUGUUGGCUGACUACCAGAUCAUUGGUCUUAACUGGCUCACGGUGAUGCAUAAACAGGAAAUGAAUGGCAUUUUAGCGGACGAAAUGGGUCUUGGCAAGACAAUUCAGGUGAUUGCAUUUCUGGCUUACCUUAAGGAGAAUGGUCUUAGCCAGGCGGCCCACUUGAUUGUGGUUCCUUCGUCCACGCUGGAUAACUGGGAGGCGGAGAUCAGCCGCUGGUGCCCCAAACUGGUGGUGGAAAAGUAUCACGGCUCGCAGGACGAACGGCGUAGAAUGCGGGGGCGCUUUGCUAAGGAUGGCUUCACUGGCUUCGAUGUUCUUUUAACUACCUACCACAUUGUUGGAUCUACGCCCGAGGAGAGAAAAAUGUUUCGGGUUUGCAAGUUGGACUACGUCAUCUUCGAUGAAGCACACAUGUUGAAGAACAUGACCACGCAACGCUAUGCCAAUCUUAUAACCAUCAAUGCCAGGAUGCGCAUCCUACUCACCGGAACUCCGCUGCAGAACAAUCUGCUAGAGCUCAUCUCUCUGUUGUGCUUUGUGAUGCCCAAGUUCUUUGCUAAGAGCAUCGAGGACAUCAAAUCGUUGUUCGUCAAGAAGGGAAAAUCGGAUGGCGACCAGGAGGAGGUGUCACAAUUCCAGGAAACACAGAUCCAGAGAGCCAAGCGCAUUAUGAAGCCGUUUGUACUCAGGCGCCUUAAAAAAGAUGUCCUUAAAAACCUGCCCAAGAAGCUAAGUCUGGUGGAAAAAGUAUCCAUGAGCACUCAACAAAAGCACUACUAUCACGAAUUGGUCGAGUAUUAUUCAAACAACAAAGGCGAGGUCUGCAGCAGCAGCGAACGGGCCGGCAUAGCGAUCAUGAUGGAAAUGCGCCGCAUUGCCAACCAUCCACUGCUGAUGCGUCACUAUUUCACCGACCAGAAUCUGCGUGGAUUCUCAAAGCGGCUGGCAAGUGCCAGUUCCUACAAGAAGACCAACGAGCAAUACAUCUUUGAGGAGCUGGCUGUCAUGUCAGACUUUCAGGUGUAUCAGCUAUGCAACAAGCAUGAGUUCUACGACGUGAAGAUACCCGACAAUUUGAUCUGCGAUUCCGGGAAAUUCGAGUACCUGGAUGCGCUGCUUCCGAAGUUGAAGGAGGAGGGCCACCGUGUGCUGCUCUUUAGCCAGUUCACCAUGAUGCUGGACAUUGUGGAGGAGUAUCUGCGGAUACGAAAGUUCGGUUUCUGCCGCCUGGACGGAGCGACCGCCGUAAAUGUGCGCCAGGACUUGAUCACCGACUUCAAUGGGGACGACAGCAUCUUCGUGUUCCUGCUCUCCACCAAAGCCGGGGGCGUUGGCAUCAACCUGACGGCUGCCGACACCUGCAUCAUUCACGAUAUCGACUUCAAUCCGUACAACGAUAAGCAGGCCGAGGAUCGGUGUCACCGCAUGGGACAACAGCGUCCGGUGACCAUUUACCGACUCAUAUCCGAGAGUACCAUCGAGGAGGGCAUCCUGAUGGCCGCCGAAGAGAAGCUAAAGCUAGAAAAGGACAUAACGUCUAACGAGAAGGGCGAGGUGCAUGAGCAGCGCUGUGUGGUCAAGCUGCUGACCACUGCCCUUGGAUUGGACAAGGAUCAGGAGGAGCAGCUAAACAACUCACUGAACAACUCCAUAGCCUCGCCCGCCAAGUAGGCAUCCUCGUUUCCGUCGUUCUCGUCCUUGUCCCCACCUCCGUAUUUAUUCUCGCCAGCAUUGGUUCAACAAAGCCUAAGCCUCCAACCGCUUUCUAAUUGUGUUAAAAUCUUUUAAAUUAAUCUUACCGAUCAAUAUUGUAUUUAUACCUCCUAUAUUUUAUUUAAACUUGUGUGCAAGGAUCGUGAGAUGUGGCGGGAGGUAAGCCGAAAGUGGAUCAUAAAUUGAGUUAGUAGUUUGUCAACGAUAAGGCGACAAUUGUUUUUCACUAGUAUCAAAAACAUUUCCACGAUAAACCAAGGCAGACAAGUUUAUAUUCUUGUUUAAUUGAUUUGUCAUCUUGCAUAGUUUUCCUUUCUGUAAGAUUUUAUGUAUCGAAUUGAAACUCUUGUUAUAAGGAUAAAGAACAUUUGUGUACGAA